AAGCAAGAAUCAUGAGUAAAAGGGAGAAGAAGAGGAAAGAAAAUCCUAGAUUGACCCACCACCGCCUCCUCUAUCAAAAAACAAACAAUCAACACCGUCUAAUCUUUGUUUCCAUCACCCAUUAAUCACUCUCAACCACUAAGCCUUGCAAAUCUUUUCAAUUUCUUGGGAAAUCACACCCUAUUGGACUUCCGGACUUUGUGUGGACCUCAUCCCAAUGAUCUUACAUUUUCCUUGAUUUUUCCAGUCUUACAAAGGGAGUGCGGAGUACCAUGGAGGUGGUUCCUGUAAAGGCUCCGAGACAAUUCUUUUCAAAGGCUGUGUCCGAUGACAGAAUCCGUUUCAAGAUCCAACCUUCCCUUGGUUUAGUCUAUUAUGGCCAGGUCAAUGGAUUCUCACAAUGUUGUUUACCUAGAAAAGGCUUCCAAGCAGCUAUUGGAGUUUCGUCUAAAAUAAGGGCAAGUGCAGAUUUUGCUAGAAAAAGGCCAAAAAGAAUAUUGGCCCCAAGCCCAAGAGGACCUGCUCCUAAGGGAUUUAUGCCUAAAUCGCCUGUAGGGACUAGUAGUACCCAUAGAAGGGAGCAACGGAAUAAUGGAGAAGAAGAAGAAGGUCCAACUACUUCCUCCUCAAUUCCCACUGAGACCAUUACAAGCAGUCUACAAUCGAACCAAGUCAAGGAAGACAGUAGAUUUGAGGAGGAGGAUGUAUCAUCAGAAAAGAAUCCCAAUGUCACUGUUCAGCGAGGAACAGAAGGUGUUAGUAAUGAGGAUAAUCAGAUAGAGUCAGAAGAAGAAGAAGAGAGUUAUGAAGAUGAUAACGCCAACACUGAUGAAUCAAAAGGAUUAGUUACAAUUGCUAAGAGUGAAGUGGAGGACACAAUUGAUGAAAUAUGUUUGGAAGAGAAUUAUCUAAGAAAUCAAAAUGGUAAGAAGCAAGUAUCUAGUGCUGAAACUGAGGCGUCUGAACCAGAAUCAGCCAAACAGAACGAGAUUUUAGAAAGUAGGGAAAAAGAGGGCUCUCUUAGUCUGAAAAUGGAUAUGGAAGCUAGCAUGCGCAAGGAGUUGCUCGCCAGACUUGCUAAUGAGAAUUUUUCUAGAGGUAACAAAAUGUUUUACCAUCCUGAGGUAGUGAGACCUGGGCAAGACAUUGAGGUAUUCUUUAAUAGGAGCCUUUCCAUUCUACAAAAUGAACCUGAAAUUAUGAUAAUGGGAGCAUUUAAUGAUUGGCGUUGCAAAUAUUUUACAAACAAGUUGAACAAAUCAAAUCUCAGUGGGGACUGGUGGUCUUCCCACAUUCAUGUCCCUUCAGAAGCAUACAAGAUGGAUUUUGUUUUCUUCAAUGGGAAUGAUGUUUAUGACAAUAACAAGCAGACAGAUUUUUGCAUAACCGUGGAAGGUGGCAUGGAUAGGUUUGAUUUUGAAGAUUUCUUGCUUCAAGAGAAAAGUCGUGAACUUGAGAAGCUUGCUAAGGAGCAGGCUGAAAGAGAAAGACAGGCUGAAGAACAAACACGAAUAGAAGCUGUGAAGGCUGCAAUUGAAGCUGACAGAGUUUGGGCCAAAGAGGAGAUUCAGAGAAGACGAGACAUUUUGCAAGAGUCCAGAAGAAACGCCGUGAGAUCCAUUGACAAUGUGUGGUAUAUAGAACCCAAUGACUUCAAAGAAGGUGAUUUGGUGAGGUUAUUUUACAAUAAGGGUUCUGGUCCUCUAGCUCAUGCUAAGGAUUUGUGGAUUCAUGGUGGGCACAAUAACUGGAUGAAUGGCUUGUCUAUCGUCACAAAGCUUGAAAGAAGCUAUGUGGGAAAGGAGGAUGCUGACUGGUGGUAUUAUGCUGAUGUUACUGUACCUGAUAGAGCCUUUGUCUUGGAUUGGGUUUUUGCUAAUGGUCCACCCAAGGACGCUACUGUUUAUGAUAACAACUUGAAGCAAGAUUUUCAUGCCAUUGUACCGAGGUGCAUUCCUGAAGAUCUUUAUUGGGUUGAAGAAGAAGAACGUACACUUCUUAGACUCAAGGAGGAAAGGAGGUUAAAAGAAGAGGCUAUACUAGAGAAGGCUGAGAGAACAGCAUGUAUGAAGGCUGAGACAAAAGAGAGGACACUGAAAAGGUUUCUGCUGUCCCUUCUGCACAUUGUGUACACUGAUCCUCUUGAUGUUCAAGCUGGGGGAACUGUGACAGUUUUUUAUAAUCCUUCCAACACGAUUCUCAAUGGAAAAUCUGAAAUUUGGUUUAGAGGUUCGUUUAACCGUUGGACCCAUCGCAUGGGCCCACUGCCUCCCCAGAAGAUGUUACCUGCAGAUAAUGACUCCCAUGUGAAGGCUAUUGUCAAGGUUCCAUUGGAUGCUUAUAUGUUGGACUUCGUAUUCUCCGAGAGAGAAGAUGGUGGCAUUUUUGACAACAAAGAUGGUACAGAUUACCAUGUACCUGUGUUUGGAGGAGUAGGAAAGGAGCCACCCAUGCAUAUUGUGCAUAUUGCUAUUGAAAUGGCACCCAUUGCGAAGGUUGGAGGCCUUGGGGAUGUUGUCACUAGUCUUUCUCGGGCUGUUCAAGAUUUAAAUCACAAUGUUGACAUAAUCCUUCCCAAGUAUGAUUGUCUGAAAUACAACCAGGUGAAGAACAUGGAGUUUCACAAAAGCUAUUCUUGGGGGGGCACGGAGAUAAAGGUUUGGUUUGGGAAGGUUGAGGAACUUAAUGUCUACUUUUUGGAACCUCAGAAUGGGUUAUUUUGGAAAGGGUGCAUAUAUGGUUCCAGUAAUGAUGCGGAAAGGUUUGGUUUCUUUUGUCAUGCCGCUCUGGAGUUUCUCCUCCAAAGUAGAUUUCAUCCUGAUAUAAUUCACUGCCAUGACUGGUCUAGUGCUCCUGUUGCUUGGUUGUUUAAGGACCAAUAUAUGCACUAUGGUCUUAGCAAAGCUCGAGUUGUCUUUACAAUUCAUAAUCUUGAAUUUGGUCAGCAAUUCAUAGGGAAAGCGAUGACCUACUCUGACAAGGCUACAACAGUGUCUCCUACAUAUUCAAAGGAGGUUGCUGGAUCUCGCGUAGUUGCGCCUCAUCUCCAUAAGUUUCAUGGUAUACUGAAUGGUAUUGAUCUUGACAUAUGGGAUCCAUAUAACGACAUGUUCCUUCCAGUACCUUACACUUCAGAGAAUGUGGUUGAAGGGAAAAUGGCUGCCAAGCAUGCCUUGCAGCAAAGACUAGGUCUUAAAACAGCUGAUGUACCGGUUGUGGGAAUUAUCACUCGCUUGACCCAUCAAAAGGGAAUCCACCUCAUAAAGCAUGCGAUUUGGCGUACUCUUGAACGACAUGGACAGGUCGUCUUGCUGGGUUCUGCUCCAGAUCCCAAAAUUCAGAAUGAAUUUGUUAAUUUAGCCAAUCGCUUGCAUUCUUCACAUGGUGACCAUGCACGUCUUGUUUUGACAUACGACGAGCCUCUAUCUCAUUUGAUAUAUGCUGGAUCUGAUUUUAUGUUAGUCCCUUCUAUAUUUGAACCCUGUGGGCUAACCCAACUCACUGCAAUGAGAUAUGGUUCAGUACCUGUUGUUCGGAAAACUGGAGGACUUUAUGAUACUGUGUUCGACGUGGAUCACGACAAAGAGAGGGCAAAAGACCAAGGCCUUGAACCAAAUGGAUUCAAUUUCGAUGGAGCUGAUUCUGCUGGUGUUGAUUAUGCUCUCAACAGAGCGAUUACAUCAUGGUACGAUGAACGAGAGUGGUUCAACUUGUUGUGCAAACGGGUGAUGGAGCAAGACUGGUCUUGGAACAGGCCUGCUCUCGACUACUUGGAGCUUUACCAUGCUGCGCGCAAGUAUUAAUUUAAUGAAAACCGCCUAUAAUGAUUUGGAUAGAGCUAGCUGGAGAUUUUAUACAGUUUUUUAGAAGUAUUAAGUGGACGGACCACCCCCUUUAUUUAUUUAUUGAAAUUUAAUUUUUAGCAUAAUAUUCCAUUACAUAACCAAUUGUAUUGUAUAUUUUUGCAUAGUGGUUUGUGGAUGUGGAUGACAUAUACAUAUAGAUAUAUCUCUUCCGA